CUGGCGCGAAAUUUUGCGCACAUUCGCGCGCAAAGCUGGUUCCGGAUGUGGUGGCUUUUGUGACCGGUGUCACCCAGUUUCGGCGCCUUUUAAAUGACCAACUUGCCACCGAUGUCGAAGCCCAGACGGUCGACCAUGUCGGACCAAGGCCCCAGCAGUCCCCCGAUCGGAGACCAAGAGAUGUUUCCCUGGAACUGGCACGAAAACGCCCGCACGAUCGACAUGAGUCCCGGCGGGCCGUCUCGAUCGCCCGAUCUUGAUGGACCGAAAACGCCUCAAGGUGCUGGCGAUGCGAUGCGCAGGGGCAGACCCCGGCUGGACACGAUCACGUCGCUCAUCCUCGAAGGUUCUUCGUCGCCGAGCUCCAUCAAGUGCGACAUUUGCAACCGCGUUUUUCCCCGGGAGAAAUCGCUGCAGGCGCAUCUGCGAACGCACACAGGCGAAAAACCCUACAUCUGCGACUACCCGGAUUGCAGCAGGGCGUUUGCACAGAGCGGACAGCUCAAGACUCAUCAACGGCUGCACACGGGCGAAAAACCUUUCAUCUGCACCGAAAAAGGGUGCCCCCAUCGGUUCACGCACGCCAACAGGCACUGCCCGGAGCAUCCGUACGCGUUGCUGCAGCGCGACAACAGUCCGACGUCCCAGCUGGAAGGGGCAGACUCCGAGAACAAGAGCGAAGCUGUCCUGCUCUGGCUUAAAAAUUACGAGCGAGAGAAGAGUGACAGGGGUAGUUCCAAGGUACGUCAACGCAAGCUCAAGCGCCAACUGGACGACCAGGCCGAAAAGGACGCUCCGCAGCUGCUGAACAAGAAGGCGGCCUGUGGGGACAUCAAGGAGCGCAUGCUCGGUGCACUGGCACUGAUGGAACUCUCGUCAAACGCGCACAAGCAGUGCGGCGACGUCAUUCAAAUCGACGAUGACAGUGCCGCCGAAAUCGACGACUGUCCGCUAGACCUGAGCAAAUCCUCUCGCUACUGUUCCUGAUGCGAUUGUUUUUCCACAUCUCAAGUGUCACCAUGCUAAGUCUUCCCUGUGCCCGUUCAGAGUUGUGAUCGUCUCCUUCCGUUUGAUUCCUCGCACCGUGUUGCCGAGCUUGUCCGUCAGUCAACGAGCGGAAGGACGGUUUGUUUGUUGUUGCGUGCUCCGAUUGAUGCUGUGGCAUGUUGCGUUUGUUUGUUGUUUUUGACGAGUCAAUUAUGUCUGCCCGAUGCGAUUGUGGCCGUGCAGAGGGAAAGUCGAGUGCAUAGAGGUUCCUCGGCAGUGCCAGUUUCCUUGUCUGUGUGCAUGUUUUUAUAUGAGAGUAUUUUAGUUCUUAGCAUGUUUUAGUGUUUUAUUUUAUUUUAUUUUUGUCCGAAUUACGACAGUUUGCGUUGUCGUUCAACCUGCUGUCGCAUCCGUCGGGACAGUGUUAGGCCCGCUUAAGACGGGGCAACUUUCCCAGCAAUUUCGGUGUUGCUGGUGACAUCCUAAAUCCUAAAUGAAGUUGCUGGUAGAAAAUGCCCCGUCUUAGUUUUUGUGCCCGUGAUCUCGGGAGCAGCAAUAACCUCCCCCGUGUUCUUGUGUUCUGCCCUGUCGUCCGUCCCGUCCCCCCCCCCCCCCCCCCCCCCAGACAAAUCAAAAGCGGUGUUGAAAUGAGAGGUUCACAGUCUCCCGAGCGGGAUAACUUUGGAUGGGGGUCGAUCUCCCGCGUGAGAAAGUGCGAUAUGUGUGCCGGGAGGGGCAGUGUUUUGUUUGAAUGAAAUGGAUCUCAUGACGUGCAUGUGAAACUUGCGAUUGAUGUGCUGUCCCAAUGUGUGAGGGCUCGUGAUGCCGUGCCAUCCGUCCAUAGUCCCGACAAUUGUACAGAGAAAACAGAUUUUAUUGUUCGAACAUUAUAAAAGUGUAAAUACAAACAAUGUGGAGUGUUUCCUUUUCUUGUUCCUCUGAAGAAAAUACCCAAGACAACGUUGUAACCAAUAGAAAAAAACAAAAAAAAAAGAAC